UGGACGCAAGCGACCGGAAGGCGGGAAUUCGCCCUGUCCGGCGAAUUUCGAGGCGAUUCAGCCGUAGGAUUCAGCAUUUGAUUGACGGUCACGGUUUUAACUGUUGACAUCCUGCUGGAGGGUGAAGUUAUAGCUUGCUGGACGACUUCCCAAUUUCAUGCUCGCAAUUUCCUCUAGGCAUUACGGUAAUUUCAAGAGCGCGCCACAUAUAAGGUCAGCCAUGCCACUGCAGGCCUUCUCAUUCCCUUGCCCUGAAACUCGAUUCUUCAAAGCAGGUAGUUUCAUCUACAAGUUCAAGAUCAGAGCAGGCAGCAGCUUCAGAGGAGAGAAAAAUAUGGGAGGAAACUGCCUCAAUCAGGAACUGGAGGAAAUUAUCAGAACUGUUCUUGGCAACCUGGACAGUCUCCAACCCUUCUCUAGCUCUCACUUCAUUGUCUUCCCUUAUAGGAAGAGGCGAGAGGGAGCGUCUAAGGUCAUGUGCAAACAUGGUGAGAGGAAUCUGAGAGCCUACCCGUUUAGUCUUAUCCUCUACCUGGAGAAAAACAUGCAGAAUGAGGAAGCAAAGCAAGCAGAGGAGAAGUUGAGCUCAGAGAAAUACGUGGCACAGCAGUUCCCCCCUGUUUCUGAGCCUCAGUCAAAGCGCCAUAAAAGCGAUUCGCCACUAGAGGAGGCCAUACUAAAGGACUUAAUCAAGGACAUGGAGGCUGAAGGCAAGGUUUCUGUGGUUGGGCUCUCUCUGUAUUGUCCACAUGCAGAGAGAGAGGUUAAAGAAGAUCCAGGACAUGCUGACAAGAAAGGUUCCAAGGGGUUUUACGAACCCCAGCAGAAAUCAGGUGUCAACACAGUCAGAGGAAGUUGGACUGCAGGUGAAGUGCAUCCUGGAACAAUACAGAACAUGGGAGAGGAGGAGCGUGAUGAGAAGGAAGAAAAUGCAGACUCUGGGGCACUAGGGAUUUUGACUCGAUUGGCCAGCCAUAUCUUCCCCUUCUCCUUGUUCUUCAGGGACCCCUGAGGGCCGUGGUAGAGAGACAGGAGAUGUUACCGGUUCCAGCAGUGGAAACUCACUGGGGUUUGUUUGGUUAAAGUUCUGCACUGCGAUCAAAAAAGUUUUCAGAUUUGUUUGUCUUUUUCACAAAUAGUAUUUCGUUAACCUGUUGGUUUUCGUUUUCCUUCAUCCUCCAUUGAUCAUCUUCGAUAUAAGUGUCAUUGUUUUUUUCCAUUUUGCUGAGAUUUCUCCUGUUCGUGUAUCAUUCGAGGGUCUAUUUUAUAAAUCAGUGUUUUGUUGUAGCUCUUUGUUGAUACCAUGAGCAAAUAAAUACAGUAUGGUUACUUCUUUGUUUCCAUUGGUUGUUUUUUUUGUGAUUUUAUGUUGUUUUAUAUUGCUCUAUUAUGGAUGGAGACUUUGCUAUUAGCUUGCCUGCAUUAUUGUUUUUUAUAGCAUCACCUGUAAUAACUGGAUCCUCUAUUUUUAACUUUUAUUGUAUAGUUCUCUUUUUACCAGGGAAUCUGACUCUGCAUCAUCUCUGCGACUUCAUCAAUUUACUUUAACAAGAUUUUUCCCUUCCUCCAAAUCCAACAAAACAGCAGUGUGUCUUUCAUUUCUCAGUUUCCUAUCUUAAAUUCUGCUACAUUUAACUUUCCUUUCAUGAUCUGUGACCCCAUCUGCAUUUGAUU